AUGGCGAUUUCUUCUUCCUCUUCAGUCAAAAUUGACGGGUUGCUUGGGAUGAUUACUCUUCGUCUCAAAGACGAUAAUUUUCUCAAGUGGAGUUUUCAAUUGGAAUCUGUUCUUCAGGGUUAUGAUCUUUUUGGGCAUUUUGACGGAACUGAUGUUGCUCCUCCUCGCUUUGCUAUUGUUGAUGAGGAGGGUGUUACAUCUGCAGUUACUGCUGCUUACAAGGAAUGGAUUCGCACCGAUAGGGCGUUACUCAGUUUGCUCAUAGCCACUCUCUCCGAUGAGGCUAUAGAGUAUGUUAUUGGCACCAAGACAGCUCGUGAUGCCUGGUUAAGUCUUUCCAAUCGGUAUGCAUCGAUUUCUAGGGCACGAAUCAAUCAUCUGAAGACUGAAUUACAGACGGCCCAGAAGGGUGGAGAUUCGAUCGAGCGCUUUCUCUUGCGUCUGAAAACGGUCCGUGACCAAUUAGUUCAAGCUGGGGUGAAGGUGUCUGACGAUGAUUUUAUGAUUGCUACUCUUAAUGGCCUCCCUCAGGAAUAUGACAUGAUCAAGACGGUUUUGAUUGCAAGGGAUUCUCCAAUUGCUUUGAAGGAUUUUCGCGCUCAACUACUGGCUGCAGAGCAAACCGCAGAGGCUCGAUUGGUUCCUCACUCUGCGAUGUUCGUUAAUCCGUCGCCUUCGUCAUUUGCUUCUGUGAAAGCUAUGGGCUCUUCUAAUUCUGGUAUGGGUUUAUUGCCUACUCCAUCUUCUUUACCAGUUGCUUAUAUGGGGUCCUAUGAUCAAUCUAUUCUGCAUUCAUUGGAUCGCAAUUCUGGUUCAAGACCUGUUCUUGGUAAUAAUGGUGGGGUUAGUCGUAUUGGCAAUAGUCAGCAUGGAGGGGUUUCUGGGUUUAAUCAUCAUUCUGGUUCUGGUAGAGGCAAAUUUCAAAGCAGAGCCUCUCCUUCAUCUUUCUCAGGAAAUCGAUUUGGUUCCAAUUCUUCUCAAAAAUCUGCAGUUGUUCCUGAAUGUCAGAUAUGCAGCAAACGGGGUCACACGGCUGCUAAUUGUUAUUUUCGCCAUGAGGCAAGCUCUUCUAGGCAUGGAUCUCCGGUUAUUGAAUGUCAAAUAUGUGGUAAGAAGGGUCAUGGAGCCUUGGAUUGUUUCCAUAGAUCCAACUAUGUCUAUCAAGGUCAAGCUCCUCCUUCCAACCUUUCUGCUAUGACUGCCCAAACUUCCUAUGUGCCUGAUCAAGUCUGGAUUGCUGAUAGUGGAGCGUCUCAUCACAUGGUGUCUGAUAUUUCCUCUUUAAAUCAUGUUGCUCCUUGUGAAUCUACAGAGCAAGUGAUUGUUGGUAAUGGAGAAGGUUUGAAAAUUAAACAUAUUGGUACUACUGCCAUUUCCUGUGCUUCUACCUCUCUUAAAAUGCCAUCAGUAUUUCAUGUUCCCACUGUUCUGCACAGCACAUUCUGCUCCCAGGAUUGCACAUCAUAUUUCAAUCCCAAAAUUGCUCCUUUUGCUCGCUUUACCAUCUUUACUCUUCAAACCUAG